UGGGUGUGUGCUGUGUGGCACCUUACUUCUAGCUGGUUUACAGUAGUAUGCAUGUUCUGUGGAAACCAGAGGAAACGACAUGGACCGAAGAACACUGUUAGAGGGAGGGGCUACAAUUGGCCAACGCGUUUCCCCGCCCAUUUAAAAGACAUGAGCAUGCGCAAUUUCAUAGAACUCGGACUUAAAUCUUUUGCACAACUGUUCCUUUCUUCAUACUGUCCGUGUCAAUUCGCCGGCGUUUUCUUCCCGUAGGUUUCACACAUUGUUUUUAACAGAUCAAGAAUUGGAAAUGAGUGGAGAUCAUUCUCACAACGAUAGCCAGAUCGACUCCGGCUCUCGGGUCAAUGAUUCUCACAAGCAUAAAGAUAAGUACAAGGAUAAAGAACACAAACACAAGGACCAUAAGGAGCGUGAGAAUUCAAAAUAUGGAAACAGUGACCAUAAGGAAUUCUCUGAAAAGAAGCACGGGGAAAAGGAGAGAACUAAGCACAAAGAUGGCAGCACAGACAGACAUAGGGAAAAAGACAAGAGGAAGGAGAUCAAGCCGAAGAAGGAAAAAGAGAAUGGCUUUUCCAGCCCUCCUCGGAUUAAGUCUGAGCUGAACAAUGAUGACGUCUACCACUCUCCCAAGUCCCUGAAGAGAGAGCGUGACCAUGAUGAAACUGAAUUCAAACCCAAAAAAAUUAAACUUGAAAAUGACAAAGUGGACAAGAAGGCAAAGAAGAGGAAACAAGAUGAGGAUAUCAAGCCCAAAAAGACACAGAAAAACAAGAAAGGGGAAGUUGCUGAUGGGAAAAAGAAAGCAAAGAAGGAGCCUGAGGAGAAGUGGAAGUGGUGGGAAGAGGAGAGGGCAACAGAUGGUUCCAAAUGGAGUUUUCUGGAACAUAAAGGCCCAGUCAUGGCAGCACCUUAUGAACCUCUUCCCAGCAAUGUCAGAUUUUUCUAUGAUGGGAAGCAGAUGAAGCUCAGCCCCGAAGCUGAGGAGGUAGCCACCUUCUUUGCCAAAAUGCUGGACCAUGAGUACACUACCAAGGACACCUUCCGGAAAAACUUCUUCAAAGAUUGGAGAAAGGAAAUGGCCUCUGAGGAGAAGUCUAAGAUUACAGACCUGAAGAAGUGUAACUUCAAUGAGAUGGGGGAAUACUUCAAGGCUCAGUCUGAGGCCAGAAAGGCCAUGACUAAAGAUGAUAAACUGAAAAUCAAAGUGGAGAACGAGCGCCUCCUCCAGGAGUAUGGCUUCUGCAUCAUGGAUAACCACAAGGAGCGCAUCGCUAACUUUCGCAUUGAGCCCCCGGGUCUAUUCCGUGGCCGAGGAGACCACCCCAAGAUGGGCAUGCUGAAGCGCCGCAUCCGCCCUGAGGACAUCAUCAUCAACUGCAGCAAGGGCUCCAAGCACCCCAAGUCUCCCCCUGGCACCAAAUGGAAGGAGGUGCGUCAUGACAACAAGGUGACCUGGCUGGUGUCGUGGACCGAGAACAUUCAAGGUGCUAUCAAGUACAUCAUGCUGAACCCCAGCUCCAGAAUCAAGGGAGAAAAGGAUUGGCAGAAGUAUGAGACGGCCCGAAAUCUGAAGAAGUGUGUGGAACGGCUGAGGAACCAGUACCGUGAGGACUGGAAGUCCAAGGAGAUGAGAAUCCGACAGAGAGCCGUGGCACUCUACUUCAUCGACAAGUUGGCUCUGAGAGCAGGUAACGAGAAGGAGGAAGGAGAGUCGGCGGACACAGUGGGCUGCUGCUCCCUCAGGGUGGAACACAUCAACCUGUACCCCGAGAAGGAUGGCCAGGAUUUUGUGGUAGAGUUUGACUUUCUGGGUAAAGACUCCAUCCGCUACUACAACAAAGUCCCAGUGGAGAAGCGGGUUUUCAAGAACCUGCAGCUGUUCAUGGAGAACAAGCAGCCAGAGGAUGACCUCUUUGACCGGCUCAAUACCUCCAUUCUGAACAAGCACCUCCAGGAGCUGAUGGAUGGUCUGACGGCCAAAGUGUUCCGUACCUACAACGCCUCCAUCACCCUUCAGCAGCAGCUGAAGGAGCUCACCAGCCCUGAUGAGAACCUUCCAGCCAAGAUCCUAUCGUACAACCGGGCCAACAGAGCCGUGGCCAUUCUGUGUAACCAUCAGAGGGCCCAACCCAAGACCUUUGAGAAGUCUAUGCAGAACCUCCAGACUAAAAUUGAUGCAAAGAAGGACCAGCUCUCGGACGCAAAGAGGGACGUGAAGAGCGCCAAGGCUGACCUCAAAGUACGGCGAGAUGAGAAGUUCAAAAAAGCCGUGGAGACCAAGAAGAAGGCUGUGGAGAGGCUAGAGGAGCAGCUGAUGAAGCUAGAGGUGCAGGCGACGGACCGCGAGGAGAACAAGCAGAUCGCUCUAGGCACCUCCAAACUCAACUACUUGGACCCGCGUAUCUCUGUGGCCUGGUGUAAGAAGUGGGGUAUCCCUAUCGAGAAGAUCUACAACAAAACUCAGCGUGAGAAGUUUGCCUGGGCUAUCGACAUGGCGGAGGAUGACUAUGAAUUUUAAAUCCUGUUUGCGGUUUUAAUUAUGCGAUUUGUAUUUUAUUUUAUUGGAUACUUGUUUUAAUCUUAACUGAUUACACCUGAUGGCCAGCCUGACAAGGGAAAAGGUGUGCACUCAACAAGCAUGGUGAGGAAGGACUGAGCAGGGGUCAGGAUGUAUAGGCCAUUACAGAUGGGAGGACGAGGUGGGAUUGUCUUUGAAGGUCCGAGUCGAUGGCUGAACUAUACCCACACCCAAAGGUGAAACGGUAAUCCCAAUGAUUGGAUGAGAACCAGUGGAUGAGCUUUUUUGCCUUUUUGGUUCUCUUCGUCUUCAGCCACAUGCACGACCUGAAGAUGUCUGAACUUUGAACUCUGGGGUCCUAUCUACUGUAUUCAACAAAAAAACGACUGCUUCGUGUAUUCCAUAGUUUUUUUUCUUUUUAAUUUGGUCUGUAUUUUUAGCCCUCCCAUAUUAAUGGAUUCUAUAUUUUAAUAGAAGAGGAAAGGAAAAUCAUGAAAUGAAUUCCUUGUGUACACCCAUGCGCCUUUUGAGAAAAUGAAAUGUGAGCUCUAGGUAUGAGAGUUGUGGGGGGGGGGGGGACCAUGAAAGUGUUUGGGUGAGUCCAGUUUAAAAACAUCAAUGUCGAUUGUGUACCAUGAAUGAGAAUGCUUUGACAAGCAAGGGGGGAAAUGCUAAACCCAUGUCAAUAUUUACCUAAGCAAAGCUGAAUGUGAAUCAUUUGUUUUACAGUAUCUAUCAGGGACUUAUUUUCAAUGUGAACCUUUUUUUCAUUUUUUUUUUUUUUUCUCCCCUUGUGUUGCCAGCAUUCUCUGAAUCUUUCUGCAUAGCCCUGUCUCGCUCUGGUUUUAAUUUAAUAAUUUCUGAUUGUUUCCGAGAGGGGGAACAACUCCCUUAUCUGUUACUUGAAAAAAUAAUAUUUUAAUGUAUUUUAAGUUAAUGGAAAAUGUAUUUUAUUUUGUUAAAGGGUGUGAGGGAUAUCAACUUUGCCAAAAAUGUUGUUACAAUUUUAGGCAGUCAUUUUUGUUUUGUUUAAAGACUGAGAACAAAGAACGUUAACAGGAGUUUCAAUGUGAAUUAUCCAUUCAUUUUAUUCCACUCAUGUCUCAGAGGAAAGUUGGUGUUUGUAGCAGGUAACUGCCUUUUCUGUCAUAGCCUCCAAUCAUGUUUUAUGCUCAUUGUAUAUUGAAAAUAAAACUCCAACUCUACACA